AUGCCGACUUUAGAGCUUAGCAAUUUCAAUAUUGUAUGCUCCGUCCUGGGAGGAUUUGUCACUCUCUUUGGAUUAGUGUCCUAUCUUUGCAAGGAGCGGUUUUAUCUCUCUGAAGCCUGCUCGCAGUCCAACCUGGACGAAAUCACACAGUACUUCACCCGCCUUGUCCUCGGCGUCCAGUUGGUUAUAGCCGGUGUCCAGUUGCCAGGACGCUACUUGCAAACAGAAUGGAAGAGUUUGCUACUGCUCCUCGGUCCUGGGAUGGCAGCCAUGUGGCUGUCGAGUGGGCUCCUAAUCUGGGGCCUCGUCCCCAAUAUCUCCUUUGUGCAAGCACUGGCGGUUGGUGCAUGCGUCACGCCCACAGACCCAGUGUUGUCCAACUCUAUUGUGAAGGGUAAAUUUGCGGACAAAAAUAUUCCUCGCCCUUUGCAGAGAAUUAUUAUAGCUGAGUCUGGUGCCAAUGAUGGCCUGGGUUACCCGUUUCUGUUUCUGGCACUGUACCUUCUGAAAUAUACUCAGGGACCUGGUUUUAGUGGCGGGGCAGGCAAGGCUAUCGCCCUUUGGGUCUAUGAGACACUUUGUUAUGAGAUACUGCUGAGCAUCGUCUACGGUGCGGUUGUCGGGUGGUUGUCUAUGAAAUUGCUUCAUUGGGCAGAGGAGAGAAGAUAUGUCGAUAGGGAAAGCUUUCUCGUUUUUGCCAUCUCUCUUGGCCUUUUCAUUAUGGGGACGUGUGGACUUAUUGGCACCGACGAUCUGCUGGCUUGUUUCAUAGCUGGAAACGCGUUCACCAACGAUGACUGGUUCCGACUCGAAACAAUGGACGACUCUCUCCAACCAACAAUAGAUAUGCUUCUCAAUCUGUCAAUUUUCAUCUGGUUCGGCGCAGUGUGUCCCUGGGCCAUGUUCGCGCAUAACGAUGUCAUCCCUAUCUAUCGACUUGUCGCUUUAGGCAUACUGAUCCUCCUGUUUCGUCGUCUACCCGCUGUGUUUGCCAUGCACAAAUACAUCCAUCAAAUUGAGCAAGUUUCCCAAGCAUUGUUUGUCGGCUUCUUCGGCCCCAUCGGCGUGGGCGCUAUAUUUUAUUUGUCGGUCUCUCGCCAGUUCCUUCUCGAGAACAUGAUUGUGGAUGGACAGGUCCGUGAUGAUGCAGCCAAGACGGCAGAUGUGACUUAUAUUGUGGUUUGGUUUUUGGUUAUCUGUAGUAUUUUUGUGCACGGCCUCAGUGUUCCUCUCGGCAAAGCAGGAUACCAUAUCCCACGCACAAUCUCCAGCGCCCUUAGCACAAGCUCUUUCGAACCAGAACCGAUUCGCCUUCCCAACCGAACCACCCACAGCACAGCAACAAUAGCAUCCCCACGCGGUCUACGACUCUAUCGGAAUCGACAACCACGCAAAAAUAGGGGCGGAGCAACUCCUCCCCAGGUUGUAUUCCAGAUUUCUGCUUCGGGAAGUCAGCAGCAAGUACAGCAGCAGGAGGAACAGAAACAGCAUGCUGCUACUUCUACGCCCGGAGAUUUGUUGCCAUCUGAAAGAAUGCCUACCAUGCCGACUCCGGCAACGAUGCAUGAACCUAGUAGGCCGAUUAGAUUGAGAGAAGAAGAAAAACAGGGGGUGUCAGGAAAUAUUUGA